UCAUUAAACGCGGAGCCGCUGCAACAGAGCAGCGGAUCACUCUUGACGACUCUUUUGCGCGUUUCUGCUAAAGUUGCACCUUCUCUAUAUGGUAUUGUAUUUUACGCGUUAAUGUAAAGCCGCGGUGGCGCAGGAAACUACGGGAGCAGGUGGAUGAGUUGUCCGUCGGGACACCAGGAGCCAUAGCUACAUCACUGACCACACCAUUCUGAGGCAGUGGAUAUAUUUAUCAAUAGGUAGCACAUGCCCUGAGUGGCGGCUGAGAUGACACGCCCCCACCGGAUCGCCCCGACCAGCCUGCUGUUCUUCAGGUGGCUUUUAUUGGCACUUUUGAUGACACCCACAGCUUUGGCGUUUGGACUCUCAUUCUGACGGCACCCAUUCACUGCAAAUGAUCCAUUGCUGAGCAAGAGAUGUAAUGCUAAAUUUCUCCAAAUCUGUUCCAAAACAAACUCAUCUACACCUUGGAUGGCCUGAGGGGAGAUAAGACGGAAAGGUGCGACGGUCGAGACUGCACCAUCUGCCAGUGUUUCCCCCCCCCAAAGGAGAGAGGGGGAAUCCUGGUGUGUUAGGUCGGCAGGGCCCACAGGGGCCUCCAGGUUUGCCUGGUCCCCAUGGACUUCGAGGUGAAAAGGGUCAGCGUGGAUACAUUGGAAUGCCUGGAUUCGCUGGCCCGAAAGGAGACCAGGGCGAUAAAGGAGAUAUAGGUUACUCUGGGUUAGAUGGAGUGCCUGGUCAUCCAGGUCCUGGUGGUCUCCCUGGGCUUCCAGGGAAGGAUGGCUGUAACGGAACAAGGGGUGAACGAGGGUUGAAUGGUGAGAUAGGACAACCUGGCCCCCCAGGACCCAGGGGUGUCACCGGGUUAAAAGGAUACAAAGGAGAAACCUGUAUGAGAGAAAUAUUUACUCCUGGAAUACCUGGUGCUGGUGGACAACCUGGAAUACCUGGACCAGAAGGACUGAGAGGGGUCUUUGGCCCACAAGGUCUACAAGGACGAGUUGGACCUGAUGGAUAUAUAGGCUUUAAAGGAUUACCAGGUCCAAGAGGCCUACCGGGAGACCCAGGAAGAUCACUGCCUGGACCAAAAGGAGAUGAGGGGGACCAGGGUUCUAAGGGUGUACCAGGUCCAUUUGAAUAUGUGGAGCCCAAUCCAGAAGACUGUAUAAAAGGCGACAAGGGGUGGAAAGGACAAAAAGGAAUUUGUGGACCACGUGGCCUAGAGGGUUAUGCAGGGCCUCCAGCAGAAAAAGGGGAGAAAGGCGUACCUGGAAUAGCUGGUCCCAGAGGCAUGCCUGGAUAUCCAGGCAGACGAGGCGUUCAAGGAUAUAAGGGGAUAUUUGGGGAUAAUGGUCUCCCUGGUCUAUUUGGCAACCCAGGGCCAAAGGGCUUCCCAGGUGACCCCGGACCUAAAGGAAACCCAGAGUACUGUUACAACCGUAUGAUCGGUGGAUGUGGAGAUCCUGGGCUUCCUGGUGCAGCCGGACCACCUGGGGAUAGAGGGGGGAUAGGUAUACCUGGACCCCCUGGUUAUCCAGGAGCAUCUAUAACAGGUUCAGUGGGUGAAUCUGGUCUGCAGGGUCUUAAUGGACUCAAAGGAGAAAAAGGAGACCCAGGAACAAUAAUUGGCGAUUUUCCAAACUAUGGGGAACCUGGAAAACCGGGCCAUCCUGGACCCAAAGGACUAAAAGGAAGUCCUGGGACUCCUGGUUUCUACUGCCUGCCUGGUGAGCGUGGAGAUACCGGACACAAUGGAAUUAGAGGAACUCCUGGAAUAAAAGGUGUUCAGGGGAGAAAAGGUCCUGAUGGGGGAUGUGCAUGUGAACCCCUUGGUGAUCUACCUGGCUAUCCUGGCCCCCCAGGCCCUCCGGGCGUCUGUGGUAAUCCUGGGCUAAAAGGGUUACGGGGUCCUCGUGGUGAUAUUGGACCCUACGGAGAAAGGGGUGUGGCGGGUGUAACUGGUCCCAGAGGCUUUGCUGGUGUCAGAGGGCUUAAAGGACAGAAAGGAGAUGUUAUGGUGAUGUGCCAAAAGGGGGAUAAAGGUGAUGCAGGAUCUGUUGGACCAUGUGGAAGACCAGGGUAUAAUGGGAGGAGAGGGGCUGAUGGGAAGGAGGGUCCCCCUGGAGAUCCUGGACCUCUGGGAGAUAGUAUUGUUGGUCCGCCAGGUGGCAGGGGGUGUCCAGGAGCCCCUGGUGUGAAAGGCUCCAGAGGUCCAUCUGGUCCUCCUGGCCCUAAUAUGAUGGGGUCAAUUGGGCGACGAGGGGAACAGGGGGACCCAGGACCUCAAGGACAGACAGGACCCCCUGGUCCUAAAGGCAUUCAAGGUGAUACAUUGCCUUGUGGGCCUGCCACAAAUGGAGCCCCUGGUUGCAAAGGAAUGCCUGGUUAUAAAGGUGAGAAAGGUAUGCCUGGAAAUCCAGGAAACAUAGGACAAAAUGGACUAUGUGGUCCCAAGGGAGAGUGUGGAGACCCUGGAGAUAUUUGGUUAGCAGGAUGUCAAGGUCCGGUUGGAUUAUCAGGAGAUCCGGGUGAAAAUGGCCCAGAAGGCAUCAGUAUUAGUGGCUCAUCUGGCCCAACUGGUUAUCGUGGACCCCAGGGUCUGAAAGGGUGUUCUGGAGACUCUGUUAUAGGGGCCCCAGGACCGUUGGGGCCCCAUGGGAUUCAGGGAAGUCAGGGCCCUAAAGGUGUUCCGGGACCUCCUGGACCAAUUGGAUUGCAAGGUCCAUCUGGAACUCCUGGAUUUCCUGGUAGAAAAGGGGAAAAGGGAAUAUGUGGUACACCAGGAGCUCCUGGUUGCCCAGGUCCGAGACCAGAGCAGUGUGCCAAAGGACAAGCUGGGUUAUGUGGUAAACCAGGACCACGAGGCUUCACUGGACAGAGGGGCUGCCCUGGAGAGAGAGGAUCACCUGGGGAGGCAGGAUCUCCAUGCAUUGGAGCCAAAGGAGAAUGUGGUAGGCCUGGUAUUCCAGGCAAUCAAGGAUGCUCAGGCCUUCAGGGACCUUUAGGACUCAACGGGGACAAUGGAAACCCUGGAAACCCUGGACCAAAGGGUUUGUGUGGAUUUCCUGGUCAAGAUGGCUUUCCUGGUAACUUAGGGAAGACCGGCCCUUUAGGGGCUCCUGGAUCGAAAGGCUUAAGGGGUCUCAAUGGAUAUCCAGGUUGUCCAGGGGUAAACGGAACCAAGGGCCAGAAAGGAUGUUGUGGGCAACCAGGACCUCCAGGAGAUCUGAUUUCAGUCCCAGUGAAAGGCCAGAUAGGGCCACCUGGACUUCAUGGGCAGAAUGGUCUUUUUGGAGAAAGGGGUAACAAGGGUGACCCAGGUCCGCCUGGACCACCUGGGUAUCCGGGACGUAAUGGAUCUCCUGGGUUUGAAUGUGGCCAGCGUGGACUGCCAGGCGUUCCUGGGCAGCCUGGUGAGCCUGGUGCAUGUGGGCAGCGUGGGCUAAUAGGAACUGUGGGAGUCCCAGGAUGUAAUGGUGAUCCAGGUGAUCCUGGAUUGUCUGGUCAGCCAGGAACCCCUGGUUUCCCUGGGUUUGAUGGUCCUAAAGGCGACAAAGGUGAAUCUAUUGGUGAACCAGGACAAACAGGUCAAAGAGGGCCAUGUGGAGACAACGGCGUGACAGCUCCCCCUGGCGCCAGAGGAGACUUCGGUGACCCUGGUCCACAAGGGCCUAGGGGAAUCUGUGGUCCACCUGGACCAUGUGGGAACAAUGGCCUGACUGGGCCUCAAGGAGUCGUUGGGCCCCCAGGUCCAUGUGGAAGACAUGGUCCAGAAGGUCCUGUGGGGCCUCCAGGUCCACCGGGCCCUAAAGGAAACCAAGGAUGCAGUGGCCUUAGAGGACCUACAGGCCCCCCAGGUAUCCAUGGACUGGACGGCCUGAAGGGGGACAAGGGUGAAAAGGGAUAUCGAGGACCGGAAUUAAAUGGUGAAAGGGGCUGUAAUGGGGUGAAUGGAGACAGGGGCAUUCCAGGAAACCCAGGGUUGAGAGGCCCAUCAAAACCAGGUGUUCGAGGUCCAAACGGACAGAAUGGCCCCCGAGGAGACCCUGGUCCAAUGGGUCCUGUAGGCUUUCGUGGUGAAGAAUGUAAGACUCCUAACCCUGGACCUUGUGGAGAUCGAGGUUAUGCUGGGCUAGAUGGAUGUCCAGGGCCCGAGGGAGAAAAAGGAGAGGCAGGCAGUGUGUUCACAGAGGCUGGUAAUUUUGGAGACCCAGGUUGUCCUGGGUCACCAGGGUUUAAAGGAGAAAAAGGAAUCUGUGGGGCCAGUGGCCUCCGAGGGUGUGACGGCCUAGAAGGUCCAAAAGGUGAAACAGGACAAUGUGGACUUAUGGGUCUUCCGGGACCUUCUGGCCCUGUAGGUGAUUGUGGGCCCCCAGGACGCUGUGGUGCAAAAGGAGACAGAGGAGACCCAGGCCCAAAAGGAGAGCCUGGGACUGUCAGACUCCCUAGAACUCAUUGUCCUGUUAUUCAGGGUCCUCCUGGUCCUCCUGGUUCUCCUGGUCAGGCUGGUGAAGAUGGUGAACCUGGACCUAAUGGCUUUGGGGGUCAGAAAGGCACAAAGGGACCAGAAGGAGAUCUUGGAUCCAGUGGACCUAGCGGGCUAGAAGGACCAGAUGGACAACGUGGAGAGCCUGGAGAGAGCGGCGAGCAAGGAGAAGAGGGCUCAGAGGGACCCCGGGGACCUGAUGGAGAUCUGGGUCCUACAUCUCUUUCCUUUGGCUUCCUUUUGGUGGUGCACAGCCAGUCUGAUGUUGUGCCCAGUUGUCCUUCGGGCCUACCAGAGUUAUGGAACGGCUUCAGUCUACUAUAUUUGGAGGGUCAGGAGAAAGCGCAUUCACAAGAUCUGGGUCAGGCAGGUUCGUGUUUACGUGUGUUCAACACCAUGCCGUUCUCCUGCUGCAAUAUGAACAACUGUGAUUACGCCAGUCGCAACGACAAAUCCUAUUGGCUGUCUACAAAUGCCUCAAUUCCCGGGGAUUCGAUCCUGAUGGGGUCGGAAAUUCGACAACACAUCAGCAGGUGUGUGGUGUGUGAGGCGUCAACGCCAACCAUUACAUUACACAGUCAAAGUGGGGAAGAUCCACCAUGUCCAUACAACUGGAAAAAUCUCUGGUCCGGAUAUUCAUUCCUUAUGCAUACAGGAUCAGGGGACGAGGGAGGAGGACAGUCUCUGACAUCAACAGGAAGCUGUUUAAAGGACUUCCGCAGUCAACCGUUCGUGGAGUGCCAAGGUUCACAUGGCACGUGCCAAUAUUCUCCCACCUUCUUCAGUUUCUGGCUGACUCGAGUGAACAUGCAGAACUUUGAUGACCUUCCUUACAAUAAUGUGCUCAACGGAGACAAUCACAACAGCGUCAGCACAUGCAGUGUCUGCAUGAAGAGCAACUGACACAAGUCUCUCGUAUUUCCUAAAAAAAACUGCACUGAGAAUGCACAUCAAUAGGUCACUGGAGUGGAAGUGAUUGAGAUGCUAUUGGUCACUUUUUUUGGAGAAGAUAAAAAGGACAUCAUUUGUGACCGUUUUUGUUGAACUACAGGCUGUGAACUUUUUUUUUUCACUGGAUUUGUCAGUCAAACAUGACUUCCUUUAUGUCUUCUCGUUUUUAUUACUUUUUGGUGCUAGCAAAAACAAAGACCGUUUGCACAAAUUCCUAUAUACCAAUGUUCUCCUUAGUUCCUCGUAUCAACAAGUUAUGCUUGUGCACAUCAGAUUAUUAUCAGUACAGUACUGCAAUGCUAGUUUAGCUCUACGGUGACAUUUUUAACCAUAACAAAACAUGAACCUUGAUCCACUGAAAUAGGAACGUCUGCUAGCGGCAGAUAGCUAAGUUGCUAUUGCUGUUAAUGUAAAUGCAGUUUUUAGCAGGUAGGUGCAUUUUUUUCUGUAUAGAAAUCAACAAAUGACUUUAAGUUUUUACACUUUAAUUAUUUUCUUAAAUUUAAACCAAGCAUUGUGCAGAAUUAAAGGGAUAGUUCAGCCAAAAAUGAAAAUUCUGUAAUUAAUUACGCACCGUCAUGUCGUUCCAAACCCGUAAGACCUUCGUUCAUCUUCAGAUCGCAAAUUAAAAUCUGAAAACUUUCUGAGCCUGCAUAGACAGCAACGCAACUGACAAGUUCAAGGCCCAGAGAGGUAGUGAGGACACUGUUAAAAUAAUCCAUGUCACAUCAGUGGUUUAACCUGAAUGUUAUGAAGCUACAAGAAUACUUUUUGUUCGCUAAGAAAACUAAAACCACUUUAUUCAACAAUUUCUUGUGUUGUGAUAUUUUUAAUGAAUGUACGUCAAAGGCUGAGAAGGAAGAGAAGAAAUUGUUGAAUAAAGUCGUUACACCGUGUCCUAACUACAUGCGACGUGACGAGAUGCCACACUGGUGUUAAUAGAAUCAAUCAAAAGAGUGGGUGGACAGGCUCUUUCUGGAAGCGUGUUGCGCUCACAACAAAAUUCAAGCGUUUAUAAUGAAACUCAUAAAUAUUACAUCUUUUUAGGAUUAUUAAAUGUACAUACUGAGUGACUGAUACCAUCUUUGUUAUGGAAUAUGCUUGUUGGUUCGCAUUAAGUUGGCACCCUGAUAGCACAGGUACAUCUUGGAGACGUCUACUUGACGUCUGCAUUUACAUCUGCAAGACGUAUUUUUUAGACUGUUUGCUCAUCUGCAGUACGUCUAUAGGACGUUUCUUAUCAGAUGUCAAAUAGAUGUCUAUUAGAUGUCUUUAAGAUGAGUAUGAUUUUGAAUGUAUGUAAAACUGACGUUUUACAAACGUCUGCCAGAUGUCUGUACACAGGAGAUGCUUUCCAGAUCAAGUGAUCUUUAACAGACAUCUUGCAGACGUGCGUGUGCUAUCUGGACAGUUUAAAGUACAUCUUUGCUUUAAUUUAUUUUCAAGAUCUGAGGAAAACUAUCUGUUGUUGCUUUCAGUAUGGCUAUAAGGUCACGCAAAAUGAUAUUCAAUCUCACGUUUAACUUUGAAUAAAGCACAAAAUCAUUACCUGAGAUUAUCACUGUCAUAUAGUUCGGAUGUUGUGACGUCACGGAAAUAGAAACCAUUUCUGAAUAGAAAUUGCGUGGCUAGUUAGGAUAAAAACUCUGAUUAACAUGGAAAAGAUACCUUUUAUUACGUCGCAGCAUUUGUUUUUUUUGCGCACAAAGUAUUCUUGUAGCUUCAUAACAUAACGUGGUAGUUGUGUUGCUGUCUAUGCAGGGUCAGAAAGCUCUUGGAUUUCAUCAAAAAUAAUUUUUUGUUCCAAAAAUGAACAAAAACGUUAUGGCUUUGGAACGCCAUGACAGUAAUUAAUGACAGAAUUUUCAUUUUUGGAUUAACUGUUUCUUUAAGGUCCAGUCCUAUUUUUGUUGUUCUGCGAAUUUUUGGAGGCGAAAUCCAGUCAUUUCAAUAGGAAUCCAACCAAUUUGACCUAAAGGUUAGAGAUUUCGCCACGCAUAUUUCGCAACUGGUUCAGAGAAUCCACUGCGUUGACCAACAGAAAGCUACUUGUUUUAAAAGUGACUUCUGUGUGAGCUGUGCUUCAACCAUCGUUACACUAUUGACAAUACAAUGGACAUUUUGCCUGCAAAAUGCUACCGCAAUAUUGCUAACGUGUCAACACCUUUACUCUUUAUUUCUUUUUAACUGAAUUAAGGAACUAGAUGAAACCAAGACAUUUAAUAGCUGUUGAUUUGUAAAAUAAUUAGGAAGACUUAGCCAUUUAAAAGACAAAUCUUAAGCAACAUUCAUGUUAUCAGUAUGUCCCUUAUUUAAUUGUUUUCUAUAAAUACACAGUUCCUAAUAGACCAUUCAGGCCACUAGGUACAUCUUUAAAGUACUGUUUUGAUGUAGUUAUCCAAAAAAAGUAGUAAUUUUUUUCUGUUUUCUGGUGUUUGUUAAAGAACUGUUGCCAUUGAAAUUCCCAUUUAUCAUUAUUGGACACUUGACAGACUUUGGUAAUUUUUUAUAUAUAUAUAUAUAUAUAUAAAUAUAUGUAUAUUCCCUCUUGCUGUCUAAACUAACACAAACCAUUAAAUGAAAACUAACACGUUCAGUAUUUUACAGUCCACAUAAGGGGUCCUAAGCUUGUUCUGAACAUGAUAUAUUCUUCUGUAUGUACAUAUGAUUGCACUGUUGACAGAACAGCUUUGCUUUAUAUUUUUACUAAAUGUCAAGAGUAUUUAUUUAGCUAGAGAUAUUUUGGUGCUAUUUUGGUUGGAAAUGAAAACUUAACAGUGAAUGAAAAACGUGUUCCCUUUUUAAAAAACAAACAAACAAACAAAAAAAAAGAAGUGAUGAUUAUUUUUGUCUGAUUUUGUGGUUAGAAAUGCAAUUCGCUGUGUUUGGGGACAUUUUAAUGUCUUGAGUACUGUACUGUUACACCUGAGCAUCGUCGUACGCGUAAGGACAACACCAAUUUGUUAAAACUCUUUCCCAGGAAGUUUGAUUCAGUGCCACAUGCAUUUUUACAUUUAACAAUCAGGUUCAACUCUUACUGUGUAUUAAAUGUCUAAUAAAUUGUGAUAUUUGUAUAACAUGGAAUAAUACCUUGGAUAAAAGAAUAUAUAUAAACUCACCCAACUGAGACAUCUAACAAAUCUGCAUGGAGUUUCACAUCACUACAAUCAUUUAUUGUUUAUACACUUCCUUUAUACACUAUUUUUGAGGUUUAUGGCGAUACUUCAUACUAAGUACACUCACUAGUGGUGCAACGGUGGAAGCUCAUGCAUCACCAUUUCUAGGAUUUGUACCUUCAGUCUUUGGGCCAAAACACAACUAUU